AUGAAAUUUUUAAUUUUAUUUGUUGUUGUUUGUGUCUUUAUGACUGUCUUUGCCCAACCUCCACCAAAAGGCAACAAAGAAGGCAACACAGGCUCAGUACAGAACGCAAAACCAAAUUCAAACCAAAAAGCCAGUGAUAAAAAUGUUCGAAGCAAUGGAAACAGCCCAAGUUCUGGAAAUAAUGGAAAAGGCAUCAACAACAAGAAUGAAAAUGGCAAUAAAAACCCAGGAAAUAACGACAAAAAGCAUGGCAAGGCAGGUGCACCGCCAAAAGGCGUUAAUGGACCAAAAGCAUCAAACAAUGCACCAGCAAAGAACUCUGCAGACCUUAAUUUGUCAGAACUUGCACUUUAA